AUGGGCUGCUCCAAUUCCAAGAAUCAGAAAGAACGGGAGGAUAAAGUGGACCCUCACGAGAGAAUUUUAGAGCGUGAAGGGAAUUCAGCCUCUUGCGGUAGUAGAAGCGCAACCGAUGUGCCUGAGAGGACUAGGAAACCCGGCUCUCCUUCUAAGAAGGAGUCCAAGGGCAAGAAGAAAAAGAAGAAGGAAGGUGUGGAACGAGGCAAGGACGUUACUGUGGAGCCUUCCGGAACGGGAAUUCUUUCCGAGACCCCUGAAACGGCGUUGCGGGCACGGCCUCUGCAUGCUGUGGAGGCUUCUGGGAUGAAAACGUCUUUGGCCUCCUCACUGGCACGGGGCCUUCAAGCCAUUGAGAUUCGUGAGACACGAGUCAUACAUCCACCGCACCCGAACAGGGCAGGGGCAGAUGGCGUGGAUAAUUACGCCGUCUCUUCUAGCAGUGAUAUGUUGGCGUCAGUUAUUACCACCUCGCCGUUGGAGCUGGAACCGCAUUCCUCACGCCCUACAGCGGGAACCCAACGACGUGUGGACGCCAGUCCAGAAGCCGCUGGCGAACUCCCUCUAUCCAUACAGAGAUCCUUAACGUUUGACCAACAUGCACAGGAAAAUGGGCGUCGGAAACGAAGGAUGUACCCACACGCUUUGGACGAUGAGUCACCGUUGCGGAAUUCACGUGGAAGGGGGGCAGCGGUUUCGACACCUGUUACUACUUCGUCGAUGACAACGAAAACAUCCACUACACGAUCAUCGACGCCAACAUCAUGGGUGGGAAAAGGAAAAGCCUUGCAUAAAACAGAGAUUGUGGAACCCGUGGGCGCGGUGGUGCUGCCACCGAUGGCUCCGCCCAUUCGCGCAGCCAGAGAGGAAAGGCCAACCGAGGCAACGAUUGCAUCCAAGGCACGGCCGACGCCCAUCGUGGGAACAAAUGGUGUGCUUCGAAGAGGGCUUUAUGAUUUGCCAGAUGAAUCAGGGAGUGGUGACGGGGAGGAGAGGCGCCGAGCGGUGAUGUAUGGGCCAACCGUGCCGAAUGGGGAACAUCCAUGGACAUUCAACAGCGCAGGAUGGGAGGUCCUCGAGCAGAUCCAUCGUCUCCUGAAGGAGCGUAGUUUACGGGCGUCGCAAGUGUACGUGUCAGGACUGGAGGCGAAUCACUAUGAAUAG